AUGCAGGUAUUUCUCUUUAUAAUCAUAUUAUAUAACUGCAUAUGUUUGACAUUAAUAUAUUCGUUUAACCCAUCAAUUGGGAGCAUCAUCAAUGUGCUUAUAAAAACACCUUAUAAAUUAUCUUUUGGUGAAUCCAAUAAAAAUUCGGAAAUUGCGAAUUUAGAAGGAACGGGUAAUUUUUUGAAUGAAACAAACACUGAAGAGACAGAACAAACAGUCGAAUUCGAAAGUAAAGAGUCAAAAAAUGAUGACCAAAAUGUAUUGAAUAUCGAAUCGACACCUGAAGCAGUGGUCGAGUAUGAAGUAGCAGAUACUAAAGAAGCUAUAGUAGAAGAAGCAUCAAUCGAUAAGGAAACCGUAAUAGAAGAGACAGCUGAUAAAGAUGAUCCUUCAGUUGAAAUAAAAAGAGUUAAAGAAGUCACAGCCGAAGAAAUCGAAAAAGUAAAAGAGAGUGCAGAAAAAGAAAUAAAAAAAAUUAAAGAAACUGCUGCGGAAGAAGUAGAAAAGAUUAAAGAAACUGUAGCAGAAGAAAUUGAAAUUGCUAAAGAAAUAAUAGCAGGUGCUGUAUUAGAACAAAAACAAAAGGAAAAAGAAUACGUAUCAGAACAUACAGAAGAAAAUGAAGAAAAAAAAAUAGAAUCGGAAUAUACAGAAGAAAAUGAAGAAAAAGAAAUCGAAUCGAAAUAUACAGAAGAAAAUGAAGAAAAAAAAAACGAAUCAGAAUAUACAGAAGAAAAUGAAGAAGAUACAGUGAAAGAAAUAGAAGUAUCAAAAAACGUUAAUAUAGAAAAUGAAACUAUUAUGGAGGAAAUAGAUAACUCAGAUGUUGAAAAGCUUAGUGAAACGGAGAAAGAAUUAAAAACAAAUGAAAUGAUUCAAGAAAAAUAUGGGGAAUUCAAAAGGGCUGAAGAUUCCUAUUAUUGGGAAAGCAAAUCUACCGAUGUAGAGGAUGGUGUAGAUGAUGACGUUGAUGAUGAUGAGAUUGUUGGACUUCCAAAAAAAAGUAAUAAUACUAUUAUUGAUAAUACUCCUAAGAGUAGUGUCUAUUUAGUUCCAGGGCUAGGAGGAAGUACGUUAAUUGCGGAAUACAAUCAUGCACAGAUUGAUAGCUGUAGUUCAAAAGCAUUACAUUCGAAACCUUAUAGAAUAUGGCUUAGUUUAAGCAGAUUAUUUUCAAUUAGAUCAAAUGUAUAUUGUUUAUUUGAUACAUUAAAAUUAGAUUAUGAUAGAAAAAAAAAAAUGUAUCGCAACAAACCAGGUGUAUUUAUAAAUGUUGAACAUUAUGGGUAUAUAAAAGGUGUUGCAUUUUUAGAUUAUAUAAAAAAUAAACCAUUGCGUUUAACAAGAUAUUAUGGUAUUCUUGCAGAUAAAUUUUUGGAAAAUGGAUAUAUUGAUGGAAAAGAUAUAUUAAGUGCCCCAUAUGAUUGGAGAUUUCCCCUUUCACAACAAAAAUAUGAAGUUUUAAAGUCACACAUUGAAUAUAUAUAUGGACUGAAAAAAGGAACUAAAGUCGAUUUAAUAGGUCAUAGUUUAGGUGGGUUAUUUAUUAAUUAUUUUUUAUCACAAUUUGUAGAUGAAGAAUGGAAAAAAAAAUAUAUAAAUAUUGUAAUGCAUAUUAAUGUGCCAUUUGCUGGUUCGAUUAAAGCAAUUAGAGCACUACUUUAUAGUAGUAAAGAUUAUACGCUUUUUAAAUUAAGAAAUAUUCUUAAAGUAUCUAUAUCUGGAAGUUUGAUGAAAGCUAUUUCACAUAAUAUGGGAUCUCCAUUUGAUCUUAUACCUUAUAGAAAAUAUUAUGACAGAGAUCAAAUCGUUGUAAUAAUAAAUAUGGGUAAGUUGCCAAUUGAUGAGAAACUUGUUCAAAGCAUAGUAACCGAAUGUGGAAUAUAUAACGAACGAUGUUACACUGAUAGAGAAGAUGUAAAUUUAAAGACAUAUACAUUAUCAAAUUGGCACGAAUUGUUAAGUGAUGAUAUAAGGGAAAAAUAUGAAAAUUAUAUCCAAUACACCGAUCGAUUUUUUUCAGUAGAUCAUGGUAUUCCAACAUAUUGUUUGUAUAGUACCACUAGAAAAAGAAAUACAGAAUAUAUGCUAUUUUACCAAGAUGUGCACUUUAAUCACGAUCCUAUAAUAUAUUAUGGUAUUGGUGAUGGAACAAUUUCAUUGGAAAGUUUAGAGGCUUGUAAAAAACUCCAAAAUGUGAAAGAAGCUAAACACUUUGUAUAUUACAAACAUAUUGGAAUUUUAAAAAGCGAUAUAGUUAGUGAUUACAUAUACAAUAUCAUAAAUCAAAAUAGAACUAAUUAA